AUGGCCGAUAAUGCCCCUCAAGAGGACCCUCUGGUCGCGGCCUUGCCACCUGCCACUGACUACAUGACUUACUUGACAUUGUUGGAGUACCAACUGACGCCUGAAAAGCUACCAACGUUGAAUAGACUUCUCACAGAAGAUGAUGGCAAACUGGCCAAAGAAAUCGGCUGGGAUCUUCUGAGGCUCGUUCUUCCAAUGCUGGACUCCGCCCCAGCCGAGGCCAAUCAAUGUCUUGAAAUCAUAGCUCGCCGGGGCAACCCCAGAGAAGUGGUUGUUCGUGUGGCCGAAGAGCUGGAAAAGCUAGGUGACGAUGCUGAGGAGGACAGUCCAGACCCAGACGUGGAUGAAGUCGACAUGGCUACGUUCAGCGGCGAAGCUCCUCGCGUACAUCUGGGGAGUAUGAAGCUCGACGGCAUGCCCGAAACAGAGCAGGCGCCCAAGAACGAGCCGGAGCUGGUGUCCGGCCCAGCAGAAAAGAAGAACUUUGCACCCGUGGACAAAGGGUUGAGACUACAAGCUCUCUUCAACAUCCUGGGUGUCGUGCAUCCCAGAAUCAAGACACAAUAUCCCAGUCGUUUUCUUGCAACAUCUCUACCUCCGGCUCUGGGGGCCUACAGACACGUACCCAUCACAAUUGAAACGACCACCGCUUUCCUGACGAUGCUAGAAAACCUGUCUGGCAAGAAAAGACCUCCUCUACCGCCACGAACCGGCACUGUGGAUGACCCUACUGCAGGUUCUGAAGCGGCAGAACAGAGCAAAACCGUCACUGCCACACCCGCCUCUCUACCUGACCCAGAAGCCAAAGGAGAAGAAGAGAGCAGAGGCAACAUGACUGCAUCAGUAGAAGAAAAAGCCAUCAUCUUCCGUCUACUGAAUGCCGUCAACCUGGAAGUCCUCGACGAAUAUCUUUCAUUUCUCGCAUCUGCUGAGCAUCCGUCGAUGUCGUGGACUGCUCGGCUGAGAGAGACGUUCGAACCCAAACGAGUCGUGCCAGGUCGCCCAAGCGAGACCCAGCAUUGGAAAGAAACUCCAGAGCUACAAGAACGUGAUGCUCUCCUUGCUCGGUUCCACAAACUAGCCGCCGAAUUAGACCUCUCCACCAGCCAAGAGGUGACGAAACUCGUUCACGACGAAGACGACGACGCAGACGGUUCUGAAGAGGCCAAGGAAGAGCCGUCCGAAUACCCAACAUCGCCCGCUCAGAUUCCGUUCCCCAGAAACGGCGUCAUCUUCCUCUUCGCGUAUGAAACCUUUUCCAAACCGAUCGAUGCUCCUCUCAUCCUCUCAACAAGCGAUCUGACCAAACUCACCGCACACGCAUUCCCACUCAGCGCGACGCCAUCCAUCCCCUCUCCCGCGCUGCUAGACUCCCUGCUCUCCCUCCUCUAUCGACACGCCGUUCCACACUCUUCGCCCAAUCCGACUCCGCACCCACCCCCUUCGCCCGCCAAAUUCAUCUUGCUCCUCAGCACCUUGACCCAAGUCUUCACCAUCACGCCCUGGCCCAGCCUUCGCGAUUCCGCACACUACAUAGCGUCGAAACUGCUGCAUGCGUACCCGGACCGGGACGUACGUCUACAGAUUAUCACGCAAACACUCCGCGGAGACACCCUUAGCACCAACUGGGCCGAGACUUUCGAAGAAGACCCGGACGUCCAACCUGGGAUCGACGAAGGAACGGGCCUGACGCGAAGCACAUCCGCGCUCCAACCUCACCCGAUCCCACUUGGUCCGCCACAACAAUCCGGCAACCUCAAAGCUGUAGGCGUUGACUGGCUCAAGGAUGAAUUCGCCGCACACAUGACCAUGACUGUGCAGACAUCAAAAACCGAAGCGGGAAGCGAAGCUGCUUGCGUUGGUGGUGGAGGCAGCGGCCUAGACCCAUCGAUCUUCACGUCUCUCGACGACCACGACCACGACCGCAAAAUCCAAAGCCAAACCGAAACAGGAACGCUCCUCGACCUGCUCUUCCCACGCAGGCUUCCUCCUCUAACAUACCCGGAAUUCACACCCGAGACACUCACCGCGUUCCUGCGCGACAUCCCAUUCUACAUUUCAACGCUGAACCUUUUGUGCGUGAUGCUCCCCCACGUCGACGGCGGCGCACUCGACUUCACCAUCCGCGCGGCCGCACACGUCGCAAACCUCAGCGGGCCCGCCAAGAACCUGCUCGAGCUUCUCGAGCACUUUGCGACGCGCGAAGACUCUGCAGAUGCGCUGGAGGGGAGUCGAGCCGACAUUUGCGCCCUCAAGGACGCAACUGCUCGAGCGACGAAAGUCCUGGAGAGAACUACUGAAGCGGCUUAA